CCCACUGGCCAGAAUUAAAUCCCGAGGGAAGGCCGGCCCUAGAUGACGUCUGAACUAGGUGACGUCUGGGCCCCGCCCAUCCGCCCCUCCGGGUUUCCCAGCCAGCGCGCCGUUGCCAUGGCAGAAGGGGGCGUGGCUGACGUGCGGCGGCGUUUCCUGAAACAUGGCGGCUCUCGAAGCGGCUGCGGAACCGGUAACGGGGGUGGCGGCCGUUGGACCAAAGGCGAAGGACGAAGAGGAGGAGGAAGAGGAGUCGCUUCCGCCGUGCGAGGCAGUGCGCUGGGCGCCGGUGGGGGCGGUGGCAGAGGCCGGGCCCGGGGCGGCGCCGUUCUCGGAAGAGGCGGCGGCCGAGGAGCCCGGAGCGGCCCCGGGCUCCCCGCCGGACUCGCCGGGCCGGACGCUGCGGCGGCUGCGGGCCGAGCGGCGGCGGCUGGACUCGGCGCUGCUCGCGCUGUCUUCGCAUUUCGCGCAGGUGCAGUUCCGCCUGCGGCAGGUGGUGCGCGGGGCGCCGGCGGAGCAGCAGCGCCUCCUGAGCGAGCUCGAGGACUUCGCCUUCCGCGGCUGUCCUCACGUCCUGGGUUACGGGAGCCCAGAGGACCCCGCCAGCGAUUAUGGCGACGGGAUGCCGGGGGACCGGCCACGGUUGCGGGGCGAGGACCAGAGUGAGCAGGAGAAACGGGAACAUCUGGAAACCCAAAGGGAGAAGCAGAAGGAACUGAUACUGCAGCUCAAAACCCAGCUCGAUGACCUGGAGACGUUUGCCUAUCAGGAAGGCAGUUACGACUCCCUGCCGCAGUCUGUGGUCUUGGAAAGGCAGCGGGUGAGCAGAUCCAGAGGCGCCUCCUCCACUGCCUCGGGUUACCUUGUCCCUUCCAGCGUUCACAGGACAGCCGUGUCCAGCUUGCUCACCCUCGGCCUCACUGCUGGCCCAUAUCAGAGGGAAAUUUUGCUGCUACCUGGGACCAGUCUUUAGUCACACGUGGAAACACACAUGCCAAAGCUUUCUAAUGUGAUGAUUGAGCUCUUUUUUUUUUGGUGGCUAUUAUUAUUAAUAAUAGUAGUAAUAUAUAAUAAUAACAGCAAUAAUUUCUUUCAUUUGAUCAUUGAAACCGUUCUACUUGGGCACUUCAUGCGAUGUAAACUAGUUUUCUCCCCCAGCACCAGUCAGUAAAUAUUCCAGGAAUCCUGACUUUAAUGCUGUAUUUAUUAAAGCAACACCUAGGCAGACAGGUAAAUCUGCUAGUCAGAACACAGUCUCCUUUACAUGUUUGUCUCUCUGGAGCUGUGAUGUGGCUGUUUUUCGGGCAGGGCUGGAGUUAUACAUUAUCCGGUUUUCAAAUUGUUCCUCAUAUUGUCACUAGGAUAUUUUGACUGUAACGUGCCUGGAUGUUUCGUAGAGCUUUUCCUUUAGUUGCCUAGAGUAGUAAGGCAAGAAGAGAUGAGAAGGACUAGAAACUAAGGGAAAUCAGUAUUUAUUCUCUUGGAGGCCAUGGGGGAAGCUAACUGUGGGGC